CCGUCUUGCCUUCAUCCAAGAAUCGUCGCUAUGCGUCGACUCUGCCGUCCUCCCCGAGUCGUGCUUUUGGGCCUGUGUAAUCGUCUGACUGCGCCUAAUACAAGGCCCCGUAGACUGCCUGGACCUCUUACAUCGAUGCAACGACGAUGGCGGCCUUGGAAGAAGAGGUCGGUGCUUCCGUCCGUCCCUUGUCCGCUCACUACUGCUUGCGCCGUCGCCUGCUGCCCUCGCCCCAGAUCCGAACUCUACCUCCACCUCAUUCCGCCCACCUUCUCGACUAACCCUCCCAUUAUCUUCCCUCCCAUCUACGCCCCUUCCUCCUCCCCACAUGUCACCUUCUGCCUCCUCAUACGUCCCCCCAUUGCACCCACUCCCACCUAACCUGCCCUACCGCCCGCCCAGCUCAAUUGGACAGAGCAUCAGACUCUUUUCGAGCGCGGAGUCCUCGAGACUCCUUUCCCAGGACUGCUGUCGCUAGGCGGAAGCUGAAGGAUGCGAAUUCGCGGUGGGAUAUAUAUGCAUACACUGACGUUCCCUUUAAUCAUCCCCUUUCUUUCCAUCCCUUCUCUUCCCUCCCUCCCUUUUUGUAUUACCCGGCCUUGGCCCCUCCCUUACAACGCUCCCUUCGCCCUCCCUUCCCCACUCAUUUCGUCCUCCCUUGUUCAGUCCCUUCUCCUUAACG